UUGAGCCGCGCAGCCGAAAUACCUUCACAGAGCACGCCACACCUAGGUGUGUUGUCUGUAUCAGGAAGUCCUCAACGCCCGCUCGCCCAUAUUAAAGGGCGCGGCGAGCGCGAGGCCUCCUUCUGUCCCCAUCCACCAUCAUGCGAGUCGUAUUCGCCUCAGCUUGGUUCGCGCUCCUUAGCACUGUCGUCCUCCUUGGCGCUGAACCUGUUUCAGCGCUGACCACAGCAAACUUCGGUAGGAAUAUAUUCCAUGGAAUCAAAGGUGCUGUUGAUAAGGCGCACGAUGGCAUGAACAAGGCGAUUUCCGAUGUCAAUCGUCGUCUAGGCAAGCUCGGAACGCCACAACAAUUCUGGGACCGUGCACAAUCGCUUGGCCAUCGUUCUCAGGACUACGCGGCUUCCCUCAUCCACGAAGCUGCACAAAAGGCUGACGCGACCACCGUCGCCCAGCUACGCCAUUUCCAAUAUGCUGUCCAAGUAGUCAUCGCUGAUACGGAAGACCUCAAAGAGGUCAUUGCACAAACUGCAAACAAGCCCUUUGACGAGAUUCAGCACAACAUCGAGAAGGUGUUCGCGGACCUCCUCGAGCAGUUGAAGGAGCAGUUCCCCCCACCUGACCAGGCGCCCAACCAUGCAGAGCGCAGAGGCAACGUUUCCCUGGUUGUUCGCAAAGCAGAAGAGGCCUUCAUCAAGUUGGGCGUGCAACAUGGGAUGUCGGAGAAGGAACUUCGGAUACAUCUCGACCCGAUCAUGAAGCAUGUCGAGGAUAUCAUUGUCACUAUCGGGGACUUGGCGGAACAACACCCGGUCUUGUUCGAGACGUUGAUUGUCUCCAGCGUCAUGCUCAUUAUCCCCGAGUCGUGGUUCCUCCGCCCUCUAUUCAGGCUCUUUGGGAUGUCGCCUGAGGGCCCCGUUGCAGGUUCCGCGGCAGCUUGGGCUCAGCGCCGCUUCUACGGCGCAUACAUCCCGAAGGGCAGUUGGUUUUCGCACCUCCAGCGCGCGGGCAUGAAGGGCGCGCCCUGGGUGGAUCCGGUGAAGAAGACUGUAGGCGGUUCCAUCCUGGCUGGCAUCGGACUCGCUGGCGGCUUGUUCGCGGGAUGUGGCAGGGCCUGAGGUCACUAGGCACCGACGUUUCAUGAUCCAUUGUCUGACGUAGCAUAUGUGUACUGCUUGUAAAUGCAUAACAACGGUACUCGCAUUCAGAUGAUGAUAACACGGAAUAGACCUCGACAUCAGUCGUUCCAGCGGGCAUGUAGGGUGAAGUGGCGCUGGCCGGGCCGGCUGAAGGCGUCGACGAGCCUAUCAGCGAUACGGGCACUGCGCGCAUACACGCGUCUCUAGCGGGCAUGGCCGACGAUGUGCACAGUCACCGCCAUAGAUUGUCGAUGCGACGAAUCAUACUUUGACGUGCG